AUGAAUGUGAUCAGAUGUGCCCUUUCGAUUUUUCUCAUACAUUCGUGUCAAACCAAGGACUGCGUUAUAGACAAUCGUGCACCCAAAACGGCGUGGGAGACUCAGCUGCGAAAGGAUCUCAUUGGCUGUAGCGACCGCCACGAACCGCCAGAUGUCAACAACACCCAAGUAGCUCUCAAGUUCAUCUUGAAAUCGUUCUACUUCGGUAGCAAAGAGGAAAACUUUUAUAUAAACACUUGGCUCCGACUCUCCUGGAACGACCCGAGGCUCGUUUGGGACCCGGCGAAGUACGACGGCAUCGCCGAGGUUCUCCUACCCAGCAUGCUUAUCUGGACGCCCAUUCUGCGUCUGUACAGCGCCAGCAGGUUGGCCGGUUUCGAGGACAUCGAAUUGUACGUGAGCCAGUGCCGCAUCAGUAAUGCUGGUAGGGUCGAGUGCAUACCGCGGGUCCUCCACCACUCCGUCUGCAGUACGAGACUCAAAGACUGGCCGUACGACACGCAAAAUUGCACGUUCGAGUUCGGCACCCGUUCUAAGAAGGAUCGCGUCACUUUUACUUUCAACUCUUCCCGCACAGUGCUGUUAGGUGCCGAGUACGGCCCUGGCUGGAACAUAAUCGAGCACACGAAACGCGAAGAUCCAAACGCUUCGAGGUUCUACCUCAACUUCAUGCUGGAGCGCCAAGGCGAGGGGUUGGCCGCGAUCAUAGUGGUGCCCCCACUAGUGCUUACACUUCUAACUCUCAUGUGCAUGGCGCUGAACUUCGACGACGGAACCCGCUUGGGUCUGCUCUGUUUCAGUCUACUUAACCAGUUCUUCUUCCUGCAAGAGAUCAGCAGUGAUAUACCAAAUAGUGGCGCCGAUACACCAACAGUUCUGUUGUAUCUGCGAACUUCAAUAAUUUUGACUUUAAUUGCCAUCGGAAUAACGUUCCUUUUACGCUACCUAAGAAGGAAAUGCAGCCCACCAUCCAAUAUUAUUCUGAUGACGACGGAAAAAAUAAUCGAUUCGUACGGAAAGUACUUGGUGUGGCCCAAGUGGGAGGCUAAUUUGAAAUAUCAUCCUCUGCAGGGAAUGGGACCUAAGGGGUACAUCGUUUUUCAAAUGAAUGCA